CUGGGGAAGCUGUGGUGGAAGGAGAUGUUUGUCGUCAAAAUGAAGUGAAGGUGUAUUUCGGGCGCUGGAUGAUCCCGAUGAUCCAGACAGACGGAAUAAACACUCGCGUGUGUGUACGGUUGUGUGUUCGCAGUAGCGGUCGCCGGGGAGAGGAGGCUUUUAAACGAAUCCUGCUGAAGAUACUUCCAAGUCUCCUGGUCUUCUCUGCAAAUUCCCAACAGUUUUGGUGCCGUGACCUGGAUAGAGUUGCUCAUCUGACAUCGAUUCAGACUGAACUUACUCAGCUCAUCUACUAUUUGAAUAUUGCAAGUUGGAGAAUGUCGAAAAUAGAGCGUCUGAACGCCCGCGUGGCGAAGCUCCUGACGGUGGCGGUUCACGAGGUCCUGGAGGUGGUGAAGGAGACCGUGUCCGAGUACCAGGAGAAGACGGCUCGCACUCAGAGGGAGAACGAGAGCCUCAAGCGGAGGCUGCGGGAGCUUCAGGACAAGCUGAAGAGAGGAGGCACAGGGUCGGGGCAGGUGGUUAUUCCCCCUAUGUCUGGAGACAAGGCUCCACACAAGGAGCGGCAUCUUGAGCGAGAAGUGCGUUCCGGUGCAAGGCAGAACGGAGUGCUCACGCAGACUGAAGAGAAGAAGGGGGUCCCUGAGCAGAGCACAAUCAACCACAGUCAAGAGACGCAUGAUGGACAGGAGCUGAAAAUUGUGGUGGAAACAGACUCUGAGUGCGAAGAUGUUGUACCCAAACACAUUGCAACGGUAUCCAUCGCUGGGACCCAGAUGUGUGAUACACCACCGGUGACGAUCACACUGCCAUGUGUUCAAAUUGACGGUCUGGAGUCUAGCCACACCUUGAAUGUGUUAAACGCUGUUUCUUCCAGCACUUCAGAACUGGGCAUUCAGACACAUUUGACAUCGGAUCACGUGAAAAUAGAACUGGACCCUCAAGAACAUGCUACAAAUGAUCUCUGUGUGGAUGAAAGCCCUGUUGAAUGUACAUCCUCAAGUAAAAAUCUUGGUGGUGAUGGCAUAGACUCAAGUAAAAACCUAGGGCUAACAGGACCCGCUGAGCAGCCUCAGGUUGACACAGGGCUUUAUGGAUUGGCAUGUAUUAAUUCAGAUUAUAUUACUUAUGGAGAGAGAUUGGCAUUUGAAAAAGUGACGAUGGCAUUUGAUGUUGAAAAACAGUCUUAUGGGAGCAGUGAGGAACAUGUCUGCACCCUGUGUGGCAAAACCUUCAGUGGAAUAGGAAGCUUACGAGUACAUCAGAGAUGUCACACUGGAGAGAGACCAUACGCCUGUCUGCAGUGUGGGAGACGGUUUAGUCACGCCGGGGACUUUAAAAAACACAAGAGGGUUCACACAGGUGAGAAACCCUACCAUUGUACGCUGUGCGGAAAGGGCUUCAGUCAGUCGGGAUAUUUGAAAAUACACGAGAGAUACCACACAGGAGAGAGACCGUACUGCUGCAGUCAGUGUGGGAAGAGCUUCAGUCACUCCAGCAAUCUCAAAAAACACCAGCAAAUUCAUAUUGGUCAGGCACCCUAGCUAACGUUAACUAGUGUUAAAUGUAACAUAAAUGUUAGGAAAAUCUCCAAAGACUAAAAAUUUUAUGAAAACAGAAACCACAGAAAGUAAAGCUAUUUAUGAUGAUUUUGACAUCCGGGGCAUUUUAGUAACUACAGAAUUCACUCAGAUGUCAUAUAACAGCCUUCCGUACAACACAAAACUGCUACAGUAGCUUAUGGAAGUAUAUAUCCUUUUCAAAGAGCAAGUUCUUUAUUUGAAAUGGUAUUUUUGCCCAUUAGACUUUCAUUUAUUUAUGCGUCUGUGUUUUAUUCUGCUUGUAUCAGAUGCUUAUAUUAGGUGUUUUGGAGUAGAGCUACACACUUGCUUUUUGUCUCCCACUGGUGUCAGUCUGGCUAUUUUCUGGUGGAAUCUAGUGCAUCAACCUCUGCGUUACACCGGAAACAGUGGCAGCUCUUGUAAAAGUAGUGUCUGAAUGGUGCUGCUUGGACUCCCCUCUUUCAGUGUAGGCAGAUACAGUAUUUCUUUAAGCGGUUUACUUAUACACUUCUUCCAUAACAACACCAGCUACACUGGUACAUCAUCUUAUGAACUUUGGAGUUAAAAUGCUACACGUAUACAAGCGCACACACACACACACACACACACACACAC